AUGGAAAUCCUCGCGCUGGAAGCUCCUGGGAAUCUCGUCCUUCGCACCCGGAAUGGGACUUUGGUGUGGCAGAGCUUCGAUCAUCCCACGGACGCCUUGUUCCCUCAGCAGCAGCUGAAACCAGGAAUGAAAUUAGUCGCGAGUGUCUCAAGCGAGAACACGCAGGAAGGAUACUUCUCCCUCGAGGUGGAUCGGUUCUCGGUUGUCUUGUACUCGGCUAGUCCCGUGUAUGGAGAGCUUUGGAGCUCCGGAUCCAGCAAGGUCGAGAUAUCCCACGUCCUUCUCUCCGACAGCAGCCUAAAGAUUUACGGCCAAAACGGCACAGUUCUUUGGUCCUCCCAAGCGUUUAGUCCAGUCACGGAUGCCACAGGGUUCCAGCUGCUUAAGAUUUAUCCCACGGGGGAGCUUCGUCUUCUCACUGGACAAUCAAAUACGAAGGAAAUGAUUAUUCUCAAUCCAAGUUUCAAGGAGAAAAGCUUGCCUCCGACGUGUGGUACAAACUGGCUUCCCAAAAACACCGGGUGCUCCUGUCCAGAGUUGAAGAAUGGAAACAACUCCAUGCAGUAUGUUUCCUCCGGCGACAGGGGAAGAUGUAAGAUCGACAAAGAACCUGCAGAAUGCAGUGGUGGCUUAAAGUAUGAUCCAUCAGAAUACCAGAUGUUGGAAGCCAAAGACUUCUACUACUACGCACCAGCGAAUCUUUCGAGCGGUGGAAUCCACAACAUCACUCGAGAGGCUUGCAAGACCCUGUGCAUCAACAACUGUACAUGUAAGGCGUCAUUGAGUCACGGAGACACGAGUACCUGUUUCCAAAUGGCGGACAUAGAUACGCUCUACAGAACACCGAACGCAGCCAACUCGAGCUUUAUGGUGGCCUUCAAAUCGCACUCUCAUUCCAAAGUGGCUCUCGGAACUUUUAAUGGCUUUCGAAAGGCUCCAAGUAGGAGAAUCAGGCCAGUGAUCGUCGUGGCGGCAGUCGUUCUACCAGCCAUUAUAAUCGUUACUUUUGCGGUUGUGAUCUGGAGAAGGAUACUCCACUCGUACCUGGAUGAAUUCCGCCAGUCAUUCCCUUCUGGUGCUGUAGAAGUGCCUCGGGUUUUCACGUAUCCGGAGCUGCACGAAGCAACAAAAGGUUUCAGUAAGAAAAUAGGAAGCGGAGGAUUCGGCUCGGUGUACGAGGGGGUUCUUCCGGACGGAUCAAGAGUCGCGGUUAAGCGUCUAGAAAACUCAAACCAAGGACGCAAGCAAUUCAAAGUGGAAGUGAAAGUCAUAGGGAGCAUCCACCACAAGAACCUGGUGCGACUCAAAGGGUUUUGCUCUCAGAGACCCUGCUACUUCCUGGUCUACGAAUACGUCGCGAAUGGAUCGCUAGACAGAUGGAUUUUCAAAGCAAAGGCAACAGCAGCAGCACUGGACUGGGACACAAGGUUCCGGGUAGUGGAAGACAUCGCGAGAGGCCUGGCCUAUCUCCACGAGGAGUGCAGCACCAAAGUCCUCCACUUGGACAUCAAGCCGCAAAACAUUCUCCUGGACGAGAACUUUGGGGUGAAGAUCGCAGACUUUGGACUCUCGAGGAUGGUGGAACAGGGAGAGAUGAGCACCGUCAUGACCAUGAUCCGAGGAACACCCGGAUACAUGGCCCCGGAGUGGCUCCAGCUGAGAGUGAGCGACAAACUGGACGUCUACAGCUUUGGAAUCGUUGCUCUGGAGGUAGCAACGGGGCUGCAAGCUCUCCACACUUGCGUCUCUUGCGAGACUAGCCCAAGGUUUCUAGCGGCAUGGGGAUACACGAAGCUACGCGCGGGAGAGAUGGUGGAGAUGGUGGAUGCAAAGCUACGAAAGGAAAUCGACGAGAGUACCUCGAGAAGGAGCCAGGCCGAGCGGCUGCUCAAGAUUGGAAUGUGGUGCAUCCAGCCGGAUCCAAGGCAGCGGCCUCGCAUGGUGGAAGUGGUGAAAAUGCUGGAAGGAGCGACGCCAGUGAUGGAUCCGCCAGUGCCACCGCCGGACCAGGCCUGCAAGAAAGGAACAUCAGACACGAGCUUGCCGCUAAACAUCCUCUUGGAUAUGAUAAACCGGGGCGCGAGGAAGCCGAAGGAGGCGAGUGCAUUCCUCGUCUGUAGAGAUCCAGGCAUAGAGCAUUCACCUCGCGAUGCGAUCGCGCCUCUUCCACGAGCGAUGGUCGAUCCGGGCGCUCUAUCACAGGUGACUAAAACCCUAGAUCAGUAA